CUUUGGGGACUACGUUGGCAAUAUAUAUACCAAAAGAUGCAAUUUUUCAUAGUUUCGCACCAAAGAGAUCGCGGGAACACAAUUUGUAUUUAUGUUGUUGCUUUGACUUGAUUCUCAUCCCAGUCAAGAACGCCUUUCCGUCCUGUAUCGAUCGAUCCUGGAAGAAUUCUACGUCGCCGAUCAGUGAAUUCCAGAAAAAUUUAGUACGAAGUGAUGGAUGGUAAGAUUCUUAUGCAACAUUCCAAAGGGCAGUAUCCUUUCCUGGAUGCAGUAUGUUAUGCUGAUAACAAUGAGGAUAUUGAUCCGUCUGGUCCGAACAGUGUCGAAAAGACGAAGAGGGGAUCAAAAGUUGUUGGUGGAGGCCUGCGGCAGUACAGUAACAUGGUCUGUAUGAAGGUCAAAGACAAGGGAAGAACCACUUACAGUGAGGUUGCAGAUGAAAUAAUAGCUGAUUUUAGAGCAACGGAAGUGAAUUCUUCAGUUUCUAUGAACGAGUCUGAUGAGAAGAAUAUACGUAGACGGGUAUAUGAUGUAUUAAAUGUCCUUAUGGCUCUUGACAUUGUUACAAAGGACAGAAAGGAAAUCCAAUGGAAGGGACUGCCUACUUCAGCUGGAGUUGAUAUGGACGAAAUUAAGGGGAUGCGUGCUAAGCUGAAAGAUGAGAUUAAUAAGAAAGCUGCAUAUUUGAAAGACCUAGAAGACCAGAUUGCAGGUCAUCAAGCUCUUAUAUGUCGGAAUCAGCAGUUGUACGAUUCUAAAAACGGCCCUCCCAAGGGAUUCCCUUUGCCAUUUUUAGUUGUGAAGACUGCACCUCAUGCUACAGUUGAGAUUGAGAUUUCUGAGGAUAUGCAGUUGGUCCACUUCGACUUCAACAGCACACCUUUCUCUUUGCACGAUGAUGCUUACGUUCUAAAGUUGAUGCGCCACUACCGGCUCUUAGAGGGUGCACAGGCUUCCCAAACUUCUGCAGUGCUCUCUUCAUCUCCUUGCUCUGAUGUGGAUUCAUCAGUAGGAGGUAGACGGUAGACUUGUUCAUUCACUAUGAAACUGAUACUUUUUGAUGAAAUGAACAUGCACAUUUUCCCCCAAUAUUUCAUAUCUAGGUGACUAGGCUUGGGGGUUACACAUACAAUUAUUUUAUGUAUUCCAUAGAAUAAUCGGCGAAAAAAAAAGAAGAGAGAUGCUGGUAUAGGUUUACAGUUGGAUAGUUACAGUUGUGUGAUUUCAAUUCUUCUGAUACAACACUGGAAUUUCGACAAUACAAAGGAAUUAGAUAUUACAAACAA